AGAUCUCUGAGCGAUAAUGGCUGAUCCUCAUGAUCCGGGUGUUUUAACCGAAGUUCCCCAAAUCCUAACGAGGCUAGUCCGUUAUAUUAUAAGAGCUUUCUACGGAAUAGAAUAUUCCUUAGUGGUGGAUGUGCUUAUUAGAAAACCAGGGAUCAAGGAGGAUGAUAUUGCUUUACUUUUGCAGUUUGAAAGAAAACAAUUGCGGUCUUAUCUUAGCAGUUUGAAAUUGGACAAGUUCGUCAGAGUACAAAUGAAGGUUGAGACUGAUAGUGAGGGAAAAGCAACUAGGCAUAAUUAUUAUUCUAUUCAUUAUACAACGUUUGUGAACGUUGUUAAAUAUAAAUUGGAACACAUGAGAAGGAAAAUCGAAACUGAAGAAAGAGAUUCGACAAAUAGGGCUUCAUUCAAAUGUCCAUGCUGUCAGAAACAAUUCACUGAUUUAGAAGCGGAUCAAUUGUUUGAUCCCAUAGCUAAACAAUUUAGGUGCACAUACUGUCAAACCGAGUUGGAAGAAGAAGAAACAACAACUCCUGCUGAAGAUGCUCGAGCGUUAAUGGUUAAAUUUAAUGAACAAAUAGAGCCUAUAUAUCAACUUUUGAAACAAGUAGAAGAUAUGAAAUUAAGUAGAGAGCUGAACGAACCAGCUCCCCACGAAUAUAGCAUUGGUAAGGCAAGAAACUCAGCCAAAUCUCCAAAAGAAGAAAGGUGGAAAGAGAAAAAUCAUUCAAUAUACGAUCCUGCUGAUCCACAAAUUAUUAUUAAUAUGGAUGAUAAUGACGAAAAAGCAGAAAAGAAAGAGCAGCCAAUAUGGAUGCAGGAAUCAACAAUCGAUGGAGCAGAAGCUUAUGUAAUAAAUAUAGAUAUAUAUUUUAAUUUAAUUCCCUGCCAAAGUAUAUUCUACUGAUUUCUUUCUUUUACUAUUUAUCAUUUAUUAUUUAGCACGACGAAACCACCAUUAUGGCGCCACCUUCAAGUGUGACAAACGUUUCAAAAGCUAAAAGUGAAAAUGAUGAAAUUAUUAACACUUUACUAAUCUAUGAGAGGAAAGGCAAACAGAAUAAUCUUGUGUCAUCAGUUGUUAAAAAGACAAGCGAAAGUAGUGAUUCAGACGACAGUACAAGUUCAGAAGAUGAAGCUAACGAGAAAAAUUCCUUAAAACAAGCUGCAAAACAAGCCGAAAGAAAAUCCAAACCCAAAGUUCAAAUAGUUUCUACAGUUCAAAUUGAUAAUGAAGAUAAAAUGGAUAUAGGUCGGCCAGAAGAAGAUCCAGUUAUAUACGUCGGUGGUAAACCUGUACUUUAUAGUUCAAUAGACGAGCAACUUGUUGAAACAAUGACCGAUAGAGAAAGAGACGAAUAUGUUAAGUUAGGACAAAGGUUAUAUAAGUGUAUGUUUGAAUUUUAACGUCACUAAUUUGUUUUAUUCAGGUAAAAUAUAUAUUUAUAUAUGUAUAUAAAUACAUAGUAUAAUAUAAUAUAAUGUUUAAUUAGGAUACAAAUAUUUUUAUAAUGAUCUGUAAAUAU